AUGUCAAAUCCAGCAGUCGAUCAACCAAAGGGGUUUCAGAGUCUGUUGGGCCAAAAGACUAGAAGCAUGUCCUUCCCCAAACUUUUCGGGAAAUCGAAUAAACCAACUUCUGGUGCCUAUUCACCCCCUAAGAAUGGUAGCCUCGAACCACCUACUGUUAGCAGUGAUGAUGACCACACUGAAUCAAGUGUAUCCUUAGAGAACUCAACGUUCAAAAAAGACGCAGGUCCAGACAUGAACAAUUCCACUACGCAUUCGGAUUUAGGUGAGACCUCGGAUAAGAGUGUAGGUGUAUUAGAAAAAACAAACCCUGAAGCUAAACCCUCUCUAGUCCGGAAUACUGAUGAAAAUUCAGACGGUAGUCGUACGAGGUUUAUCAAAUUCAAGGGCUUAUUUGGAGAUGGGAAGAACAGUCAUAGCGAGACUGCUAGUAACCACAGUAAUAACUCCAAGACCAACAACGAGAGUAGCGAUGACAUUGAGGGAAAUUCCAGCUCCACGUCUAUAAGGGGGAAAAUAAAGGAACAUUUAAUACCUUCCUUCCAUGCCAAAGAGAGAUUCACGCCACCACUAAUUAGUCCCCGCAUGGAGCAUAAGAACAUAUUUAAAGAACCUAUUUCCAAUAUUGACCAUUUACCUGAAGAAGAAAUAGUAACGCCAGUUAAUUUUGACAAGCUCAUCUCAAAACCGACAAAGAAAAAUGAGGAAUCCCCCAUAAUAGUAACCAAAGAUGCGGAUAAGAACGUAGAUGAGGUAAGAUCCAAAAUCAUUUGUAACAAUCACACAAACAGGAAAAGAGCGCCAUCAGCACCUCAGUUUCCAACAGAGCACACCUUGUUGGCUAGUGGUGCAACGUCUCCAAGAAUCUUUUCCUCAACCGGGUUUGCACCCACGAAUCCAUUUAGAAAUACAACAACCGUGUCGUCCCCACUUACGGAACCCUUUAACGCAAAGAAGAACGAGAGUAACGGUACGAAUAAUAAUCCUUACUUCCCCGCCAUUCCAAAUGGAACUUCUACCGAUUCGAAUUUGGCCGUGGCGGGUUCCAGUGGUAGAGCGGGAAGGUCAUCAAGCAACGUCUCUUUAAACAACAUAAACGAAAAUGAAGAGUUCGAUCAAUUUGAUGACACGAAUCUAAGUGGAGUGAGCCCUGUUCUAUCGCCAGGGAGAAAGAAUACUGGAGCAACAUCCACUUACUUAACUUCUCCAAGAUCCUCAGUAUUGAGUAGUGACUCAAAAAAUAAUUAUACGAAAGGUUACAAAAUAUCAAAUUCAUUUUCUGAGGGUAAAAUCGGAUCAGAAGGUACACAUACUAUGCUAUCCUCUGGUAUUGAUGGCACGAAAUCAUUUGGUUUUAAACAUAUGCCAAUUGCAUCGUUGUCUCCACCGGUUUUCCCAAGUAUGAAAGAGCCACACAGAUCAACUCGAUUAAGGACCAAGUCAUUCAGUAACAAAUUCCAAGAUGUCGUGGUGACGCCUCAGUCGUUUGAUAAAAUUCGGCUGUUAGGGCAAGGUGAUGUGGGAACCGUUUACUUGGUAAAGGAAAAGACCACAAGAAGACUGUACGCCAUGAAAAUAUUCUCCAAAAAGGACAUGAUUGAACGAAAAAAAGUAAAACGUAUUUUAGCAGAACAGGAGAUUCUUGCUACUAGUAAUCAUCCGUUUAUUGUGACCUUAUACCAUUCAUUCCAAACCGAAGAUUACUUGUAUCUUUGUAUGGAAUACUGUUUGGGUGGUGAAUUUUUCCGUGCUUUGCAAACCAGGCAAACGAAAUGUAUUUGUGAAGAGGAUGCAAGGUUUUACACCAGUGAGGUAAUUGCUGCCCUUGAGUACCUACAUCUUUUGGGUUUUAUUUACAGAGAUUUGAAGCCAGAGAAUAUCCUUUUACAUCGGUCUGGGCAUAUAAUGUUGUCCGAUUUUGACCUUUCCAUUCAAGCUGUCACAAAUACAAAGAGUCCAGUAGUAACGACUGCUCAAAAGAGUCUGAUCGAUACCAAGGUGUUUUCUGAUGGGUUCAGAACGAACUCAUUUGUUGGUACGGAAGAAUACAUCUCUCCUGAGGUCAUUAAAGGGAACGGUCAUACAGCAGCAGUGGAUUGGUGGACUUUGGGUAUUCUACUAUACGAAAUGCUCUACGGUUUCACUCCGUUUAAAGGUAAUGAUACUAAGGAAACGUUUGUCCAUAUAUUAAAGAAGGACGUUACUUUCCCAAAUAGCAACGAUGUGUCACGGACUUGUAAAGAUUUGAUGAAAAAACUACUAAAUAAAAACGAAUCCAAGAGGCUGGGAUCUAAAGCUGGGGCAGCUGAUUUGAAAAAGCAUCCGUUUUUCAAAAAAGUUCAGUGGUCGUUUUUGCGUAACCAAGAACCCCCCUUGAUACCGGUUUUAAGCCAGAAUGGAUUUGAAUUCAGCAGUCUAUCGAAGAACGAGAAUGUGCGUAAAAAUGGGUUCAAAUCCGACUCACUAAGUGAUGACGAUGAAAAUGAAGAUGGAGAAGAAAUGAAAGAUGAAGAAAAGAUUAUGUUUGAGGAAAUUAUUGAACACGAUGAAGAAAUUCAGGAGGAUGAUCCCUUCCGUGACUUCAACUCAAUGAGUUUAAUGGUUUCGGAAGCUGAGAACGAUUCUCUGGUGUACGGAGAUGAUAAGACCUACGGGAAGGUCUCUUACACUGUUAAUGCAAACAGAUCAAGAAGCAAUAGUACGAGGAACUUUUUUAAGAGGCAUUAA